AUGGCUCCCAAGAAACCCGUGGUCGAGGAGAAGAUCCUCCUGGGCCGUCCCGGAAACAACCUGAAGAGCGGCAUUGUUGGGCUAGCAAACGUUGGCAAGUCCACGCUUUUCCAGGCCAUCACCAAGUGCACCCUGGGCAACCCUGCAAACUUCCCUUAUGCUACUAUUGACCCUGAGGAGGCCCGCGUCAUCGUCCCUGAUGCCCGCUAUGACUGGCUGUGCGAGAAGUACAACCCCAAGUCGCGGGUGCCUGCCAACCUCACAGUUUAUGACAUCGCUGGUUUGACCCGUGGUGCCUCAACAGGUGCUGGUCUUGGCAAUGCCUUCUUGUCUCACAUUCGCGCCGUCGAUGCCAUCUUUCAGGUUGUGAGGUGUUUCGACGAUGCGGAGAUUAUCCACGUCGAAGGUGACGUCAAUCCGACCCGCGACCUCGACAUCAUCGGCGAGGAGCUGCGGCUGAAGGACAUCGAGUUUGUCGAGAAGGCGCUCGAGAACCAAAAGAAGAAGACACGCCAGGGCGGUCAGUCUCUCCAGAUGAAGCAAUGGAAGGCUGAAGAAGCGACGAUCGAGAAGAUCCUUGCCUGGUUGAAGGAGGGUAAGGAUGUCCGCAAGGGCACCUGGACUUCUAAGGAGGUAGGCCGCUUAUUUCCUGUUGAGGUCAUCAAUCCGCUUUUCCUCCUGUCAGCUAAGCCGGUGGUCUACCUGGUCAACCUUUCGGAGAAAGACUACAUCCGGAAGAAGAACAAGUAUCUCCCCAAGGUCGCUGAGUAUCUCAAGGAGCAUGCCGAGGGCGACCCCAUUAUUCCUAUCUCAGUCUCCUUCGAGGAGCGGCUGACUCGGUUUGAGACCGAGGCGGAGGUUGCAGAUGAGUGCAAGAAGGUUGGCGCAGAGUCUGCGCUGCCCAAGAUCAUCGUUCAGAUGCGCAAGGCGCUCAACCUAGGCAGCUUCUUCACUGUUGGCCCCGAUGAGGUCCGCCAAUGGACGAUCCGGAACGGCACCAAGGCGCCGCAAGCGGCGGGUGUCAUCCACACUGACUUUGAGAAGACCUUCAUCCAGGUCAUUGUGUACAACUACAACGUCCUCAAGGAGCUCGGCGACGAGUCCGAGGUGAGGGCGAAGGGCAAGGUCAUGACCAAGGGCAAGGACUACGUGGUCGAGGACGGCGAUAUCUUGCUGAUCAAGGCUGGUGCUGCCAAGGCCUAA